CAAGAUAAGGAAUCUCUGAUUACUCAGUAAACGUGUUAUUUCUGUCUGUAACGAAAGCGCUUUGAGAACAAUGAAGCGAAAUAUAAACAAUAUUCGAUUGUGAUAACUGAAAUUUAUAUUUGAUUAUUUUUAUAGUCCAAAAAAUUAUCAAAAAUGGUGGACGAGAUAACCGAAACUAGUCCCAGAAUCAAAGCCCUGCAAUCCUUGGGAAUAACCGAAGAUGAUGCAGAUAGUAAAAUAGCGGCAAUUGAGAAAUGGAUAGGCGAGAAAAACUUUCCUGAGCAGAUGAGUAAAAAUAUAAUAGAAAUGUUCCUCAUACGUAACAAAUUCAGAGUAGAGGUUACUCAGAAAAAACUGGCAAUGUACUACAAAAUCAGAAAACAAAUACCAGAAUUCUUUGAAGGAAAGCAUCCUAAACAUGCAAAUAUGAAGGAAACCAUGAAUGUUUCGUACUUCGUUUUCUCUCCAAAACUCACACCCGAGAAUUAUACUGUGAAUUUCUUCAAACUAAUCGAUGAAAAUCCAAAGAGCUUCGUUCCAAACGAUUUUUGUGGACAUGUUGUUAAUAUUUCCGAAUUGAAACUGGUACAAAAUGUUUACUCAUUAGGAGAUAUUUAUGUUUGUGAUUUGAAAGGGAGUUCUUUCACGCAUCUCUACUAUUUUGGAGUUGGCACUUUACGGAAGCUUGCAAAAAUAACCCAGGAGGUAUUCCCUACAUCUAUAAAAGCGAUACAUUUCAUCAAUAGUCCAGGAUACAUGAAUACCUUGAUAGCUGUUAUAAAAGCAGUGUUGAAUCCCAAAGUGUUCAAACGCAUCCACAUUCACGAGAAUCCCGAAGAUGUAGCGAAUUUCAUAUCUAAAGAUAUAUUACCUAAAGAAUUCGGUGGAGAAGGCCAAUCUUUAGAUGAAUUGAAUGAUUUCCUCGAGAGGCAGUUUUCAAAAUUCCAGAGCAGAUAUGAUGAACUGGAAAGAAUAAAUGAUAUCAUGAUGAACAAAUGAAAUCAAUCUGAAUUAUUAUGUGCUUAUCUGUAUAAACUGUUUUUUUAUUCCGAUUCCAAUAAAUUCGCAAUAAAAAUGAAA